CUGUAAAGCACCUGUAAGUGACAGCGUACAGCUCAGUGAGGAGACACGCCGGCAGCGAUGGGGAGAAUGAGCUUCUUGCGUGGGGCAGCUUUACUCGGUCUCUGCAUGUUCCAGGUUCCAGGGGGUGAAGCUGAACAGUGUGAGACUGAGCUGGGAGAGAGCAGCGGGUGUCCAUCCAGCUGGACCAGCCUGUGGUAUGUCUGGUUGAUUUUGCUGACCAUUUUUCUGCUGUUGGUGUGUGGAGUGUUGGCCAGUUGUGUGAAAUGCUGCAGAAGAAAUAAACCCCAGGUUCCUGCUUUCUCACCCAGGCCUUAUGAAGUUACAGUGAUUGCCUUUGAGAAUGAGAGCACCAUCCACAGCACUGUUUCAACAAAUGGUCCUCUGCAGUACAUCUCUGCAAACAGGAACAGUAUUCCAUUCCAGGAACGUACUUUGCCUCCCCCACCCUACAGUCUCUAUGCUAUUGAAACCCCUCCACCCUAUGACUUGGCCCUAAAGAUGGCUAAGCCUAUUAAGGCUCAUGACCCAGAGAUCUUGGGACAGAACUUACAAAGGACUGAAGAUUCCAACCGAGCAGAGGAAAUGCCCACAGCCACAUCAUCAGUGUCUUCAUAACAAUGAAUGCCUUUUUAUUAUUUGACUCAAUUCGUGCAGAUGGUUUUUUUAAUUGCCUACACAUUUUGGAGCCAUCUGUGAUCAACAGAGCAAAUGUCUUCCUCCGAUUCCAAAGGGAACAGUUCAUAGUGGGUAUGUCUUGCUGUAGCAAGUGAAACAUUUUCAGCAGAUUGCUGCAGAACAAAUUCCGUUACUGUGUAAUGACGUUAGUCUAAUGUAAUUUAUCAGUAAGGCAUAUCACCAACUACAAUGAAUAAUCAACACUAAUAGUAUUACAGCAUGCUGAAUGUUACAAAGUUCGGAAACUGUGACAUUUACAAAAGAGAUUUUGAUGACUGUGUGUAGUCACGUUCCAAUACAAGCUUUGCUCCAGGUAAAAAAAGUUUUGAAGAAUCUUGUUUUGACUAUCAUGUUGCACAAUUUUAGUUUUCUAAAAACAAAGGCAAUGAAUCAUUCUUUCUUUAGUACAGAAAACUUUUAGCAUCCAAUGGUAAAUUUAAUUGGGGACAAUAAAUAAUCUUUUGUACUGUUUAAUUGUCUAUUGUGGUGCCUAAUACUCAUAGUUGGAUUACAGAGCACAGUGGGUGGCACGGUGGCUCAGUGCUUAGCACUGCUGCCUCACAGCACCAGAGACCAGGGUUUGAUUCCACUCUCGGGCAACUGUCUGUGUGGAGUUUGCACAUUCUCCCCGUGUCUGUAUGAGUUUCCUCCCACAGUCCAAAGAUGUGCAGACUAGGUGGAUUGGCCAUGCUAAAUUGCCCAUAGUGUUCAGUGAUGUGUAGAUUAGGUGGGUUAUAGGGGAAUGGCCCUGGUGGGAUGCUCCGGGGUCGGUGUGUAUUUGUUGGGUUGAAGGGCCUGUACCCACAUUGUUAGGAUUCUAAUUCAUCAAUUAAUUAGUUGUUGCAAAGCCAGCCAACCCAUGAAUGAGUUAGAUUUGCAUUGUGUAGCUUGUUUAAUUGAGCUAAAUUGCUUGCUAUUCUAAUGAAACUGCUGAUAAUCAAAUAUUAGUAAAAUAAUUUGGAAUACAAUGAACACUUUGUUUUCGAGUCCAAAACUACACUGUACCUAGAACAGGGAAUAGAUCAACAAUCUGAUAAGUGUGAAAUCUUGUUUACAUGUUGUGGAAAUGUAUUAAAAUCAAAUUUGUUAUUUGCAUGUUUUGAUGUAUUUCUGUACAGUUUUGUUAUGAAAAUUUCUAUAGAUUUUAAUUUUUUUAAAUUAAUAAAUAUACACAAAGAUG